AUGCCCAUUGACAAAAAUAUUCAGAAGAAAUUGAACAAAUUUCUAGGACCAGAGUUCUUAGCAGUGAGACAGGGAGCAGGUGGAAGCAAAUUAACGUACGUGGAAGGCCACAUGGUCAUCGAAAUGGCCAACCGAAUCUUUGGCUAUAACGGGUGGAAAACAAAAAUAAAAAAGUUGAAACAGGAAUACUGCGAUGAUAAGGAUGGCAAGGUGUCAGUUGCAUACACAUGUAUAUGCAGAAUAAUGCUAUCAGAUGGAACUACGAAGGAGGAUGUUGGUCUUGGCCAUGCUGAGAAUCAAAGAAGUAAGGCGCUGGCAAUAGAAAAGGCAACUAAAGAAGCAGUUACGGAUUCGUUUAAACGAGCAUUUAGACAAUUUGGAAAUGUGUUAGGUAACUGUUGCUACGACAAAGGGUACAUUGGAACUGUUUCGAAGAUGAAAAAACCAGUAGAGAAACCUGACUACUCAAAUAUGCUGAGAAAGACGGACCUAUUUAAUGAAGAGCACGUUAUAAAUGAGAGUGAAAUACCUGAAGACUUCUUUGCGACAAACAAAUAA